UACCACAUCCAACUUGAGCCUACCUCGCCAGCCUACAAUGCUCGCUCGUCGACGCAGACAGUGGAUCGUGCGGAGCUGUCGGCCAACCUGACCGGUCUGGUGGCGGGCACCGAGUACAUGGUCAGCGUGUCCGCCGAGGCCAGCAGCGAAGCCGACGUCAAAACGGAACUCGGAUUCACCUCCACAAUCAUUGUUCCCCUCAAACCAUCCGGACAAUGCCAACUCAUCUCUGCUCGCCAACUGGAUUGCCGCAUCUACACCCACUGCCACACCUCGGACUCUCUCCUCCCUUCUCAUCAGGCUGCUCCUGUCGCCUCAGGCCAGCACACGCAAACACACACACACUCAGUCACUCACUCAUCAACGAAGUUACUCACUCACUCAGACUCACAAAGUCGUCCUUAA